AUGAAAUCAGCGAAUGCCAAUGGUGGUCGUCCGCAGCCCUGGUGGUGUCGCAACAAUCGCAAUGCCGGCCAGAAUCGAUCGCCCAUCUCCAUCAAGCAUUCGGCGGACAGCAUCCGGCGGCCCACAAGCAACUCUGGUGUUUGGACAUGGCUUGGCGGUAGUCGACGAUCCUCCGCCGGGCCCGACCAGAUCGGACCGCCAUCCACAUCCCCAGCGGAGAAUCACUAUACCCAUAUGGACGACGCCUACAGUCCGGUGGGCGUCAGCGAGGCCCUCUAUGCGGAACUCGAUCGGGAGUCGGUGCGUUCCGCCAAUCCCUCGUAUCAGAAUACCGCCUACAGUCAGUGUGGUGAGAAAUACAAUUUCCAGGGCCACGAACAGGACAUUCCCAUGGUCGUAUCGUCGGCACCGAGCAGUGCCUACUACUCGGAUCUAUCCGUGACGGCCAUGCCCGGCGGUGGCGGGCCAAGUGGCAGCAAUCAGGGGGCCUACGAAAUCGUUGGACUGAACGUGAUGUCACAGCCGUUGCCAAAUUGGGAUCACCAUGGCGGUGGGGCGAAUGCAGGCGGAGGAGGAGGCAUUGCCACCACUGGACUGAUGCCAGGAGACGCAGUAGCGGCGGCGGCGGUGGCAGCAUCCAUGACACAGCGACGAGCGCCACGAUUGGCGGCCAUCAACGAGACGAGCACCAGCACAGUGCCCUCGGAUUAUGUCUAAGAGAAGAAAGAGAGAGUAGAGUAAAGGAUGUGGAUCUGGAGGACUGGAAGUGAAUGUGAAGUUGUUCAGCGAGCUUAAAAAUGUUAAUAGGAUAUAGGAAUACCGUUAUAUACACCCCAUAGAUCGUAGGAGUAUAUUCGAUUUAAAUAGGAUUUAUCUAUGGAUACGAUACCAUUUACCAUCUACCAUUUACCAUCUAUGUACCACUUAGUGCAUAGGAGACAACGACUUGUGUCUUUCGUUUUAUGUCUGAAUUGUAAUCUAUAUAUGAUAUAAUAUGAUAUGAUAUUGAAUAGGGGAUAAUAUUUAUAUGGAAUAUACAAGGCAAGAAUGUAUUAUAUAUAUUUAGUGUUUAUAUAGUAUCUAAGCAACGAUUUAAUCGUGGGUGAUAUUUAGCCUAUAAUAUGCUAUAUUCUUAUGUUCUAUAUGUACUUUAAAGCAUUUUCUAAAAAUGCCAACAUUUUUCAAUAGCCUUAAGGACAACAAAUGAAGCGAUAAUAGAAGACAGAAAUCCGCAAACCGUAUUGCCCCCCCUCCCACAAAAAAUAUAUAGGAAACGAUAUCUACAAUAUACGAAUACGAAUACAACAAUAUUUAUACAAUACACUCAACAUAUUUACAGCAAGAAAUACAACCAUUUAGCUCACAGAAGAAACAGAUACAGAUAUAUCUAUCUAUCUAUCUAUAAAGAAACAUAUUUACAACGAUUUUAAUGCAAAAGAUUUCACAAUAUUUACGCAAUCGAGGGGGAAAUGUGGCAGCAGCACAGUGGCACACACAUCAUAUCAUUUACCACAAUAUUCAAUAUACUAUAUAGCUAUCUAUAUACCGAUAUGCAAACAUACACACAGACGACACACUCGAAUCACGAAUCACAGACUCACCUUUAGCAGACGUCGCGACGUAUUGUAUUUUAGUUUUUACGGAUAGGCUCUCC